CUCGCUGCGGCCUCGCCUCCCUCGGCCCCUUGCCUCGGCGGGCCUCGGGGAGUGGGGUAGACAUGGCGAUGGAUGUGACCUUUUUGGGCACAGGUGCCGCGUACCCGUCCCCAACCCGGGGUGCCUCUGCUCUGGUCUUUCGGUGUGAGGGCGAGUGCUGGCUUUUUGACUGUGGAGAGGGAACCCAAACACAGCUUAUGAAAAGCCAGCUUAAAGCAGGGAGAAUUACCAAGAUCUUUAUCACACAUCUCCAUGGAGACCAUUUCUUUGGCCUGCCCGGCCUCCUGUGCACAAUCAGCCUACAAAGUGGCUCCACAGGCACUAAGCAGCCCAUCGAGAUCUACGGCCCUGUGGGGCUCCGCGACUUUAUCAAGAGAACCAUGGAGCUCUCGCACACGGAGCUAGUCUUCCCCUAUGUGGUCCAUGAGCUGGUGCCAACAACAGACCAGUGUCCUGCAGAAGAACUGAAGCAGUGGGCUCACGAGACUGGUGCAGACAGCUCUCCCGAAGAGGGACAAGGCAGAACGAUUCGGUUAGACUCGGAAGAAAACUCCUACCUCCUGGUGGACGAUGAACAGUUUGUGGUCAAGGCAUUUCGCCUCUUUCACCGAAUCCCUUCCUUUGGGUUUUCAGUCGUGGAGAAGAAGCGUGCAGGUAAACUCAAUGCACAGAAGCUGAAGGACCUCGGUGUUCCGCCAGGUCCUGCCUAUGGGAAGCUGAAAAAUGGAAUUUCUGUUGUUUUGGAAAAUGGAGUUACGAUUUCUCCCCAAGAUGUCUUAAAAAAGCCUAUCACAGGAAGAAAGAUCUGCAUUCUGGGUGAUUGUUCCGGGGUUGUGGGUGAUGGAGGAGUGAAGCUGUGCUUUGAAGCGGACCUGCUGAUCCAUGAAGCAACCCUGGAUGACUCCCAGAUGGACAAAGCAAAGGAGCAUGGCCACAGCACCCCGCAGAUGGCAGCUGCGUUUGCAAAGCUCUGCCAAGCCAAAAGGCUGGUUCUGACUCAUUUCAGUCAGAGGUACAAACCAGUCGCCUUGGCCAAAGAAGGAGAAACAGAUGGGAUUGUAGAACUGAAAAAGCAAGCCGAGUCCGUGUUAGAACUCCAAGAAGUGACUCUGGCGGACGAUUUUAUGGUAAUUGGCAUUCCGAUCAAGAAAUGAAAGCUGUGACAUAGCUGAGUACAUACCUUUACUAUUGUUUCUAAAACAACGGUUCAAUGUGUUGUUGUUGUUGUUAUUGUUGUUGUUGUUGUUUUGGUCUAAAAUUAUUUGAGUAUUAAUAACCUUAACCUAGAUGAAGCUGCAUUGUUGUGCUGACACAGCAGUAAGUGGGAGCAGGAUUUUUUUUUAUAAUAAAUUAUU